AUGGCUGCGAUCGGGAGACACACCGAAGACCUCCUCCCGUGUGUGUCCACCAAAUCGCUCUGCCUCUUCAAGUGCGCCACCAAGCACUGGCUCGGCCUCAUCGACCACCCCGACCACCGCAGGAACAGCGAAAGCGAGGAGCGCUUCCCGAGAUCAGCUCUCCACUUCUUCAAUGUCUCCGGGGAAGGCCGCCCUUUCAUAUACCCCUCCUUCUCCUUCCUGCCCGAUCGCCGGCGCCUCCACCUCCUCGACUGCUGCAACGGCCUCAUCCUCUGCCGCUGGUACGACAUCUCCACCACCCGAGACGACGAGUUCAGUUAUGUCGUGUGCAAUCCCGCCACGGAGGAGUGGGUGGCGUUGCCGGACCGCCGCCAGUCAGGUGAAGUGGGCACGGCACGCCUGGGCUUCGAUCCAGCCUCGUCUCCCCACUUUCACGUGUUCGUGUUUUUGAUGGAUGCACGGGGCUACAUCAGCGGAGUUGAUCUCUACUCGUCUGAGACCGGUAGAUGGGUUUACAAGGAGAAGGGAUGGGACGAAGAUGUUACGUUGGCCGAACCUCAGUCAGCAACCGUCUUUCUUGACAGUUAUAUGCAUCUCUGCACUGCCUGCGGUCGUAUAUCUGCUGUGGACACCAAGGGAGAAACAUGGUCGAGCUUUCACACGCCUUGUGCUCCCUUUUUUGGUCUUAUUCAGCAGUCACAGGGGCGCUUUCUUUAUGCUACUUUUAACUAUGGACAAUAUAAUGAUGAUGACUAUAUUCCUCAAAAAAAUAAUGAUGAUGACUAUGAAGAAUGGCAGCUGAAAGUUUACGCUCUUGAGGACUGUGCCAACAAACAAUGGAUAUUGAAGCAUAGAGUUGGACUUCUAAACUUGGAAGCAUUUGGAGGGGCCCUUCAGGGGGCAUUUGAUUGGGUUGCGAUUCAUCCUGAGAGAGACUCCAUGUUCUACAUCCAGGGGACAUAUGGUGAUAAUAUGUUAAUGUAUUAUAGUAUGGAUGGUAAACCGGCGACUGAGGUCCGCGCACUUGGAGAAGCGGCCCAGCCACCAUAUCUGCCAUAUGUGCCGUUGUACACAAAGUUAGAAUCUUUGCGCAAGUGGCAUCAAGAUGGGACCGAGACCGCUGAUGACUCUAUGUAA